ACGCCGCGCCCCCGGCUGGGCGGUGAGCAGAGCCAAGAUGGCGGCGGAGUUGGAGUACGAGUCGGUUCUGUGUGUGAAGCCCGACGUCAGCGUCUACCGGAUUCCGCCCCGGGCCUCCAACCGCGGUUACAGGGCAUCUGACUGGAAAUUAGAUCAACCUGAUUGGACUGGUCGUCUCCGAAUCACUUCAAAAGGGAAGAUUGCUUAUAUCAAACUUGAGGAUAAAGUUUCAGGGGAGCUCUUUGCUCAAGCACCAGUAGAACAAUAUCCUGGUAUUGCUGUGGAGACAGUGACAGAUUCCAGCCGCUACUUUGUAAUCCGGAUCCAGGAUGGUACUGGGCGUAGUGCUUUCAUUGGCAUUGGCUUCUCAGAUCGGGGUGAUGCCUUUGACUUUAAUGUCUCUUUGCAAGAUCACUUCAAGUGGGUAAAGCAGGAAUCUGAGAUUUCCAAAGAAUCUCAGGAAAUGGAUAAUCGUCCCAAGUUGGAUCUGGGCUUCAAGGAGGGGCAGACCAUCAAGUUGAGUAUUGGGAACAUCACAACCAAGAAAGGAGGUGCUUCUAGGCCCAAGACUACAGCGGCUGGGGGCCUAAGCUUACUCCCACCCCCGCCUGGAGGCAGAGUCACAAUUCCCCCACCGUCCUCCUCAGUUGCCAUCAGCAAUCAUGUCACUCCACCGCCCGUACCAAAGUCCAGUCAUGGAGGUACUGAUGCAGAUAUCCUUUUAGAUUUGGAUUCUCCUGCUCCUGUAACGACACCAGCACCAGCUCCAGUUUCUGCAAGCAAUGACUUGUGGGGUGACUUUAGCACUGCAUCCAGCUCUGUUCCAAACCAGGCACCACAGCCAUCCAACUGGGUCCAGUUCUGAGGAGCACAGCAGGAUGUUAAGGACAGACUUGAAGAAUCAAAAUGACCUUGAGGGCACCCAUCUGUGAGGGGAGCUCGGAACCCCUUCCCUCCCCAGAACCAAAAUUACUGAACGGUUGUUUUCAUAGCUUCUCCAUUGCGUUCAGGCUGGUGUGUCACUCCCCGGUGUUGUUCCUUGCUGUACAGCCAAGAAAGUAUUUCUUAUCUCCUGUUCACUGUCAGGGCAGGGGAAUAGUGAGUCUUAUGAUACUUGUGGCUAUUGCAGGGCUCUAAAGGCCAGGGUCUCUUUGGUGGGGAAAUAACCUCCAACAUCUGUAAAAUUUUCUCCAUCUUUAAAUUCUUUAACUUCUUUCAGAAUCAUCUCAUGACCCUGUGUGCCUCUUUGUGAAGCUCUGUUUAGCAAUUUCAGGGGAGACAAAACCCUCAGAACUUCCUUUUCCAUUAACUGAAGACUCUAAAAAUGGACAGACUGAUCACAGUGUUUACAGAUUCAGAAUUUUGAUAGGGGUAGGUGUGAAGAAAGACCUGUUUCCUGGGUCUCUGCUAUAUAUCCUCCCUCAGGCUUGUCUUAUUCAGUGAACAUCCAGUGCUGGGUGCAGCCCCCUGACCCUCUAGUGCGUUUGCAUGUGUCCUCCUGUGGCAAGAGGGUUGUGUUGGUGGCGCCCCACUCUCCUUUUGUUGACAGUGCAGCAUCUCUGAUCACCGGGUGUCUCUCGGGUGAAGGAGGUUCAAGGGACUAUGUUUCCCUACUUAUUUUCUAGAGACGCAGUUACUUUCUUGCAGCUCCAUCUAGUUGCUGCAUUUGAAGCACAGCGUUACUUUGUAAUGGCCCCAUUAUUUGUCCUAAAGUUAAAGGGUUUAGAGUUUUUAAUCUAAUUUGUAGAGCAGAGAGGUUGAAAGCACUUAACUCUUGUUCAGUACCCACAUUGCCUUGCUGCCUGGGUAUCUGGCUCCUUUUCAUACACAGUUAUUUUUUCAGUCCACCAGCUCUUCAACAGAAAGCUGCUAUUACAUGUACCAUCGUUUAUGAAGCAAGCUGGAGAGCCAUGGCUUUAGCUGUGGUAGGUUUUGCCCAAACGACGGCUGCAAUACCCAUCACCAGGAGUAUCUCAGAAGCAAGUUGCCCCCCACCACUUCCCCUCUCUCUGCCCACCAUUCCUUUUACAAUGCUGUGAAGGGGUCCCGCUCUUAGAUGAACUGGCACCAGCUCUUUUGUCUGCUAAGGGGCAAUUCUGAGAGUGAAACGGGAGGAUCUCAUUCUUCCCUUAGCAUCUAUUUGGAUGGUACCCUCUGGCUGAAGGGAGUCCUUAUAUUUAGUUUCAAAAUAGAUUCUCUCUCUUGGAUUUCCUUCUUGACUCUUUUUAACUUUGGGUCCAUUUUUUUUUUUUUCAUUGCUUCCCGUUCCAGGCAGCUCUAUUCUUGCAGAGCCAUGACAGGACAUUUAAAAAUUCCAAUAGAAAACACUAAAAGGAAAGCCUAUAGAUUCACUAGUGACUAACUGCUGGGAGCCUAUUUUCUCAAUCUUCCUCUAUGUUGUGUUCUUUGUAUUCUCAAGAUGAUAAUAUAUUAUGUAUUUGAAUUGCUGAAGAAUUGAAAAUGAAGUUUAAGAUAUAUGUAUAUAGAGCAUAUGUAUGCUGUAUUGGUGCAAUAAUGGUAAUUAAAAAUAUGGAAAGAGGUAGUGUCUCUUUUAUCUUUCUAUUUGCCUGUUUCAUUAUCUUUUUUAUUUAAUUGACCCAAUAUAGGUGGCCAGUAGGUAAUAAAAGGACAUUUUAUAUCUAUUACUCAUUUUCAAGAAAUGGAGGUUUUAAGAAGUUAAGGCUAGACCUCUGUCCUCAUGUUUCUAAACACACAGAGUCUCCUUGUCGAGAUCAUUUGUAUUUAUUAUUUAUUUGCCGGUACAGUUAAUUUCAUUUGCUUCAAAUUAUCUUUGUGAUCUAGGCCACCUUUCAUAUCCCAGAACUAUGGUCAGCAUAAAUGAAGGGAAUCAACGCAUGAGAUAGAACUAAAGUGAGAGUCAUAGACUUUGGAAGCCAGAAGGAUCUUGGAGUUCUCAUUCAGUGAUUGUCACAGGAGAUGAAUCAGAAUGAUAUGGGUACUUCUUUUUUUUUUUUUUCCUCUUUUUUUGUUUUCAAUUUAAAAUAACAUACUGCUCUCUCCAGAGAUUCUGAUACACCUCCCCCAUUCGCCCUCCCAGGGAAGGGCUUGGAUGGCUUCCCCAACCAUGGCCUUUCUUAUCAUUACUGAGGUUGUGAGGCACUAUCAUGGAUAAACAUGUAUCCUAAACUGCAGGGGAGUUUUUUGGGUAGAAGAUGCAGAUGAUAAUUUUUCCAGCUCAACCCCCUUGGUUAGACAUUGACAUCUGCCUUCACGGUUGUCCUGUGAGCUUUUAUUACUCCUCACUUCCUCCAUUCCGAUAACCUUCUAGGUAGUUGGCUUGCCUCCAGCUUUCUCAGCCCUAGUUCAGCUUAGGUGUUGACACCAGAAUAACCUUCCUGAAACCAAACCCUGCUCAUGCCCUUUCCUCCCCUACUCAUUGAUUACCUUUAAUAAUUUUCCUUUGCUUACAGAUUAAAGUCCAAAGUACCAUUUCAUCCUCAGCUCUCAGUUUUCCCUUUCACUCAGUCUGCUCCCGCACACUAGUCAUUCUGCAGAUGUCAUCAGCAGCAUGGGCAUUGAGUGCUUGCGAUUCCCUCUGCCUGGAAUUCCUUCCCUUCUCUACCUGCCUGGUGAAAUCCUUCCCAUCCUGGAAAGUGCUGCUUUGUGAAACGUUACUUAUCCCCUCAGUCUGAAAGGUGAUCUCCCUUGUUUUGGGGGGUUGCUGUUGAAAUUCUCACUGGUUUGUGGGCUCUUUGAUAUAAGGACCAUGUCUUCAUUUUUAUCUACUCAAUAUUUUCCUUAUGCCAUAAAUAUAUACUUGUUGAAUUAACAGUGAUUUCAGUGAAGAGGGACUAGAAAUCAGAAAGUUGGGUUUUUCCUUUUUUCGCUCAUUCUCAUUUUGAUUGUUCCUAGCUACAGGACGUAAGUAUUCCUUAUAUGCUUUGUUAUAGUUGCAGAAGGUCUCAUUUAUAUGCUCCAGGGUCAGUUAAUAUUUGGGCCCAAGAAAGUAGCAUUGAAGACAAAUUUUACUUUGGUACAUAGACGCUAUGGCCUGGGAAAAGGAAAACUGGAUAUCAUGUCACGCAGCUGCUGAUAAAUCUGGUAGCUUAGUGUCUGAUCUCAGUUAUCACAACUGGCUAAGAUUGCACUUGGUUAUAUUUAGCUUUUUUUUGGCUUUUAAAAAAAAUCAUUUCUGUUAUUGCCUCUUAACUGUACAUGAGGAAAAUACAUAUGGUUUGUGACUAGAACUCAUACUCAGGAGCUCCCCAUCCAUCACAUAUUCUCUUGAGAAAGAAAGGGAAAAGGAAGAGGAUUACAUUUACUUGCAAGUCCCUUCAGCCUGGGGAAUGUAUAGGCUUGGUAUGGUUUUCACAGCAACCAUGGUUGAAACCAUGUCGUAUGACAUUUAUUUCAGAAUGAGAAUUGUCAUUUUCAGUCCCUUUUUGAAAGUUACUAAGAUAUGGGGGUGGUAUGUUUUUUAAAAAGCUCUAGUAUACUGAAGUCUACAUCUCAGGAGUGAAAUAACUGUCCUUUGAGACCUCAUGUUCUGCCCUAUCAAUCUAAGACUAGUGUCAUCCCCUCAGUUACACACAAUGAUGCAUUAAGACCAACCAUGAAGGUUGCUGUUUGCUUUUUAGUAUUUUCUUUUGUCUUACGUGUGUUCUGCCACUGCACCUAAUAGUAAAAAAAUGUCUUGGCAAUUUCUGUGAAUGCUUUAACUAGCUGCAUAGCAGCAUGGGACCACUAGAGGACGGGCUCCCCCUAGCAACCCUAGCACAGUGGUGGCGAAUACUGCUCAGAUUUCCUGGUGGCAGGGGAGACACCUAAAGACAUAAAUGAAGACUGUCAACGGAUAUUUCAUCUAUGGAGUCUAAACAUGUACCUGAUCCGAAGUUUGUUGGGAACGUAGAAAAACAGCUGUUUGGGUAGGUGGAAAAUGAAGAACAGAAUAAUACUUUCUUCAGACUUUAAUACUUAAAUAAAUCUUUGAAUAGGGAAUACACUUACUGAUUUUAAUGACCCCCCCCUCCCCAGUCCCACCAAAAUAGGUGAUUAAUGGGAAGUAAAGAGGAGUGGUUAUGAGCAUGAAUUUGGAAAGAGACAGACUGCCUUGGCACAAAAGUUUACUCUGCCACUUACUGGCUUUUUGACCUUGGACAAAUUAACCCUUAUUUGCCUUGGUUUCCUCGUAUGCAAAAUGAAGAUAAUAGUUCCUACUUUAUAGAGUUAUUGUCAAAAUAAAAUAAGUUAAAAAUUUAAAGUGCUUAGAACAAAGCCUGGCAUAUGGUAAAUUCUCUGUUAGUACUGCUUCUACUACUGCUGCUUGGCUGGCUAUCCUAAUUCUGCCUAUUAGCAUUGCAAUAACAUGGUAAGAAUAAGGGCAAAAUGAUGAGAUCCUUUCCUUUUUUAAAAAAAUUAAUUUUUAUGGGGAUAUAAUUGACAUAUAACAUUGUAAAUGUUUAGGUGUACAAAAUGUGACACAUAACAUUGUAAAUGUUUAGGUGUACAAAAUGUGAUACAUUUAUUGCAAUAAUCGGAGUGUCAGCUAACACUUCUGUCAUGUAAUUGUCAUUUCUUUUUUGUGGUGAGAGCAACUCAGAUCUAAUCUCUUAGCAACUUGGAAGUUUGUAAUAUAAUAUUGUCUAUACAGGCAUACCUCAUUUUAUUGAACUUUGCUUUAUUGCAGUUUGCAGAUACUAUGCUUUUUACAAAUUGAAGGUUUGUAGCAACACUUCAUCGAGGAAAUCUAUCAGUGCCAUUUUUCAAUAGCAUUUGCUCACUUUGUGUCUCUGUGUCAUGUUCUGGUAAUUCUCACAAUAUUUCAAAACUUUUCAUCAUUAUAUUUGUUAUGGUGAUCUGUGAUCAGUGAUUUUUUUUUUUUUUUUUGUGGUACGCGGGCCUCUCACCGCCGUGGCCUCUCCCGUUGCGGAGCACUGGCUCCAGACGCGCAGGCUCAGCGGCCAUGGCUCACGGGCCCAGCCGCUCCGCGGCAUGUGGGAUCUUCCCGGACCGGGGCAUGAACCCGUGUCCCCUGCAUCGGCAGGCGGACUCUCAACCACUGCGCCACCAGGGAAGCCCAUCAGUGAUCUUUGACGUUACUACUGUGACUUGCUGCAGGCUCAGAUGAUGGAAAACAUUUUUUAGCAAUAACGUAUUUUAAAAUUAAGUUUUCACAUGAGGGGUCACCUGGAAUUGCUGUCUUGUGGGCUGGAGAGCCUUCCAGUCCAACUGCUGUUUUUAAUGACAGCAAGACGUGGGCUCAGAGUGAAAGACACUGUAUGGGGACAGGGGCUCAUCUGGCCACCAUCAGCACAGAAGCUGAGCAGGUAUGUUGAGAGGCUUACAUCCGUUUCUCUGCUGGUUUGAAUCUCUUUGCAGAGAAAGAGGAAUUUCUGUGCUCUGCUAUACCUCUGUGCCUUUGCUUCAUCUCUUCCAACUACCUGGAAAGACUUUUCUUCCUCUCUCAUUUUUCUUCACAUGGCCAAGUUCUUCUGGUCUUCCCAGAUUUGAUUCAUAUGUUAUUUUCUACAGAAAACUACCCUGACCACCUUCUCUGCUCCAUCUUUCCUAUUCUAGUUUGGAGAUACUUCCGCGGUACUUUGUGCAUCGUGUGACCAUGGCACUUACUUCAGUGUUCCCAUGAGUCCUACUUUGUAGAGGGCUGGAGCCAUGCCUUAAGCAUCUUUGCAUCUCCAAUGGCCUUUGCAGUGCUAGGCACACUUAGAUAGGUCCUGAUAAAUAUUUCAUGAGUAAGUAAAUAAAUGAAUGGUUAAUCAGGAUUGAAAUAGCUUCUCAGAAUAGAGCACAGGAAAAAUAAUUCAGAAGUAUGGUUGUCAUUCUAAAAAAAAAAAAAAUCUCAAGGUAAAUUCAAUUUGAACUGAAAUUUAUUUCCUCAUGUAAUAUAUUUCCAUAUAUGUACGAUACCAUGACUCAGAUUCUAUUCUUGGUUAGCAGGGUUUCCUGGAGGAUUCUGUUUCCAUGGCUUUGCAACUAUAGGUUCACCAGCUCCUGAAUAAAAUGGAGUUUAAUGAAAUACACAAACAAUUGAAGAAGGAACUCUGACGGACACAAGUACAUUUGGGAUUUCAGGAACUCUUCAUACAGCUCAUUCUGUAACAGAGACUGAUUAUAAAACCUAGAUGAGAACUGAGUACAAGUCAUUUUAAGAUGAUAGCCAGAAUCCAUGAGAAAACUUGUAAGCAGGCGUGAAGUGGAGUAUCAGAGGUCACUACUGAACUAUGACGAGAUUGAAUUUGAAACUAAUAUUAGAAAAUACUUUAAAUUUGCUGGCAAAUAUAGACAGGAUGAAUGCAAGCUUGCUAGAUUUUUGCCAGUGAGUUAUAUUUCCGAGUCCUAUGAGAGCGCCUGUUGGCCUGUAUUGUGGAAAUGAGGCAUCUUGGAUGCACAUAUAUUUGUAAUUGUUUUAUCCUCUUGAUAAAUCGACCAUUUUAUCACUAUAUUAUGACCUUCUUUGUCUCCUAUUGAAGUUUUUGACUGAAAGUCUAUUUUGUUUGAUAUAAGAAUACACGUUUUUAGUUUCUAUUUACAUGGUAUGUGUUUUUCUAUUAUUUCACUUUGAGCCUAUGUGUGUCCUAAAAGCUGAAAUGAGUUUUUUUAGGUAGCAUGUAGUUGGGUCUUGUUGGUUUUUUUGUUUGUUUUUUUGCGGUACGCGGGCCUCUCACUGUUGUGGCCUCUCCCGUUGCGGAGCACAGGCUCCAGACGCGCAGGCUCAGCGGCCAUGGCUCACGGGCCCAGCCGCUCCGCGGCAUGCGGGAUCCUCCCGGACCAGGGCACGAACCCGCGUCGCCUGCAUCGGCAGGCGGACUCUCAACCACUGUGCCACCAGGGAAGCCCCAGGUCUUGUUUUUUAUUUUUUAACCCCAUCAGCCACUCUGUGCCUUUUAAUUGUAUAAUUUAAUCCAUUACAUUUAAAGUAAUUAUCAAUAGGUAAGGUCUUACUAUUGCUAAUUAUCUUGUUAAUUGUUUUCUGGCUGCUUUGUAGUUCCUUUGUUACUUUCUUCUUCUCUUGCUGUCUUCCUUUGUGAAUUGAAUGGUUUUAGAUAGUAGUAUAAUUUGAUUACCUUCUCUUUAUUUUGUGUGUACUAUUAUAGGUUUUUGUUGUGUGUUACCUGAGAUUUAUUUGAAAUAUCUUACAGAUAUAACAGUAUUUUACAUUGAUAACAACUUAAUUUUUAUUGCAUACAAAAACUACCCUUUUACUCUCUCACCUACAUUUUAUUUUUUUGGUGUCACAAUUUACAUAUUUUUAUCCAUUAAAAAGCUAUUGUAGCUAUAACUAUUUUCAAUACACUUGUCCCUUAACCUUUAUAGUAGAGUUAAGUAGUUAACACACUACCAUAUUACAAUUAGAGCAUUCUGAAUGAAACUCUAAACUUACCUUUAUUGGUGUGUUUGUAUAUUUUCAUAUGCUCAUUUCAGCUUGAAAAACAUCUGUCAGUGUUUCUUUUUCUUUUUCUUUUUUUUGCGGUACGCCGGCCUCUCACUGCUGUGGCCUCUCCCGUUGCGGAGUGCAGGCUCCGGACGCGCAGGCUCAGCAGCCAUGGCUCACGGGCUCAGCCGCUCCGCGGCAUGCGGGAUCCUCCCAGAACAGGGCACGAACCCGUGUCCCCUGCAUCAGCAGGCGGACUCUCAACCACUGCGCCACCAGGGAAGCCCUGUCAGUGUUUCUUUUAAGGCAUGUCUAGUGGCUCUUGUUUCUUAUGCAAAGUCUACCUCCCUUGUUUUCCUAAGGACUUACCUUAUUGGGUAAAGUAUACUUGGUUGGCAGUUUUUUCCCAACACUUUGAAUAGAUCAUUCCAUUCUCUCCUGGCCUGCAAAGUUUCUUCUGAAAUAUCAUGAUAGCCUCAUCAAGGUUCCUUUGUAUGAGAGAAUUCUUUUCCUAAAUUUUCCAAUUUUUUUCUCUUGCUGUUUUUAAAAUUCUCUCUGUCUUUGGUUUUAGACACUUUUAUUACAAUGUGUUUUGGAGAAGAACAUUUCAGUUUGAAAUUUUGGGGUGACCUAUUAAUCUCAUGAACUUACAUGUCCAAAUCUCUCCCCAGGUUUGGCAAGUUCUUCUUUACAUAGCCAUGACCUCUUUACAUAGCUUUUUACCCUUUCUUCUCUUCUCUUUCUGGGACUCCAAUUUUGCAUAUAUUGUUUCCCUUAUUGUUGUCCUAUCAGUCCCGUAGGCUUUAUUUAUUCCAUUUCAUUUUUGGUUUUGAAACUCUGGAUAAUUUCAAAUGAUCCGUCUUCACUUAUUCUUUCUUCUGCUUGGUCCAGUCUGCUGUUGAAACUCUCUAUUGAGUUUUCAGUUCAGUGAUUGUAUUCUUCAGCUCCAAAAUUUCUGUUUAAUUCCUUUUUAUGUCUUCUAUCUCUUUGUCAAGCUUCUUAUUCUGUUCUUGUUGUUUCCCUGAGUUCAUAAACUGGUUUUCUGUGCUCUCUUGUAGCUUUCAGAGCUUCUUUAGAAAGAUUAUCUUGAAUUCUUUGUUGAGCUAUUUCUGUAUCUUCAUUUUUGGGGGUCAGUUACUGGAAGUUUAUUGUGUUUCUUUUUACUUAAUAAAUUUUAUUUAUUUAUUUAUUUAUUU